AUGUUUGUCUCUGACUGGAGACGGCAGAAGGUCCAGGACCACAAGUUCGACUUUAUCGAUGUCGAGGACUAUGUCGACAACUCUCCCUGGCGCAAGUUCAAGUACUCGCUCGUCUUUGCCAUCGUCAUCAAAGGAAUCCUCAUCUACUGUGCCGAUUUAUGGACGGCCGUCAACUUGUUGGUCUCAAAGAACUGGGUCUCGAAACUCGGUGUCGAGAACGGUCAGAUCACAUAUGAGAACAUCAAGAUCUCAUUUGAGAUUUACAAGUGGAUUUUCGCUGCCUGUAUCAUUCUGUCCUUCAUUUUGCUGGCCUGGGAUAUCAAAAAGGCCAUUGCUAUCAUCCAAAGUCGAGAUAUUAGUUAUGCGUUCACCAGCAUGAUUGCGUACCGAUAUUAUGCCAUCAAGAGUUACGCCCAUUUUUGUCUAUUCGAAAGGAUCCACAACUCGAAAAAGACUAUCGACGAAGUUGCGUUCUUCUGCUUCUUCACAUUCAGAGGCUGGAAACGGCUCAUGUUUGCGGAUGGACCCAGGCAAGUCAUCAACGGACUCGUUCUCAUCACGGUCGUCCGUGGCGAGUGGGCCACCCACGGCCUCGCGUUUUGGAACUAUGACGGAUAUGACUCAAUGACGCUUGUUACCAUGGGUCUCCAAACAUUCACGCUCACGCUCUGGAUCAUCUCAGUCCUCCUCAUGAUCGUCGCGGUCUGCCUAUACAUCCCUUUGGUUAUCCAAAUUCAGGGUAACUUGAAAGAGUUUUGUUGUCACAAGAUCGAUAAGAGAAUCGACGAGAUCGUUAAAAAGAAGGCUAAGCAGCGCUCACAAGAAGCAGCCAAGAAGUCAGGCAAGGGCGGUGACACUCCUCUGCAGAAACCAACGCUUCCCAACAUCGGCCUUCUUGAGGAGGGAAGCAGAGGAUCCCCUGCUCCAGGUGGUACGCCUAGACUUGCAGCACAGUCACCAUACAUGGGAUCCCCAGGACUUCGCAAGGCCAUGCCCGUACCCAACGACCCAUACCGUCGCCAGUAUCCACAGGCACCAGCACGGCCGUAUUCUCCUGCGCCUAGACCCUACACUCCUACUAUGGACGACGAUGGUGAUACCAGACCUUUGCGACAGGACAACCACGCACAGCAUUAUCACAAUCGCAAUAUGCGGCGGCAGGAUCAGCAAUAUGAUUUUGCGGACGAUCGGAGUGAGGUCAGCGAGGGCGCUUAUAGUGCGGGUGGCGGCUACCAACCUUCGCAAUAUCCGCCCAAACCACACCCACAUGCACAGGCGCACAGGCGACAGCCUUCCGACACCAGCACCGUUUUGAGCGGCUCGAACCAGGGAAGCGUCGUUGGCGGGUAUGGACCUCGACCUGGAAGGCCGAACCAUCCACUCCAGCACGGACAAGCGUUGUCGCGAGAGGCGGGCCUCGGAAACGGCAACAAGUACGCUGACACGGUCAUGCUGACUGACAUGAGUGGUCAUCGCGGCCCACCCAAUCCAUACGGCGGACAUCCAGGAGGUCCCACUGGUCUAGGUGGAGGAGUGAAUCCGGGUGUCGGUGGAAGUGUGGUUGGAAGCGUAGUAAAUGGUCCAAGUUAUGUUGAUCAGCAACGUGGACGGUACCAGCAAGGGCCAAACCAGUACAAUCGGGGUUAUUGA